CGAAGCUAACUUGUGAAAGCGUCACCUAGAAGUGAAUCGAAUCGCGUAUAUCAGGAUGUAGUCACCUAAACUUGAUAACCGAAGUAUACACGUUGAAAAUUUCGUGCGUUAGGGGAAGUAAGCGUGUGGUACAGGCAAGAAAAUGGCUGUAGCAGCUGCAAGGCCUCUAAUUACAGUGUAUAAUGAGAAAAAUGAACCAUCUGGUGUUCAAGUGCACUUACCAGCAGUGUACAAAGCUCCUAUCCGACCAGAUAUAGUUAAUUUUGUACAUAUGAAUAUGGCUAAAAAUAGAAGACAUCCUUACGCAGUAUCAAAGGAAGCUGGUCAUCAAACAUCCGCAGAGUCAUGGGGUACUGGUCGAGCUGUUGCUCGUAUUCCAAGAGUUCGAGGAGGUGGAACUCAUCGUUCUGGACAGGGUGCUUUUGGAAAUAUGUGUCGUGGAGGACGUAUGUUUGCUCCUACUAAAACCUGGCGUAGAUGGCAUCGCAAAAUAAAUGUCAACCAACGGCGUUAUGCUAUAUGUUCUGCAAUUGCUGCAACUGGAGUCCCAGCUUUGGUUAUGUCUAAAGGACAUAAAAUUGAAGAAAUACCUGAAGUACCAUUGGUAAUAAGCGAUAAGAUUCAAGAAUUCACAAAGACUAAACAAGCUGUUCAAUUUUUACGUAAAGUAAAAGCUUGGUCUGAUAUCCAGAAAGUUUACAACUCAAAGCGUUUUAGAGCAGGCAAAGGUAAGAUGAGGAACCGUAGAAGAAUUCAAAGAUUAGGACCCGUAAUUGUGUACCGUAAAGACCAGGGACUCACUAGAGCCUUUAGAAAUAUCCCAGGCAUUGAAACUAUAAAUGUGGAUAAGUUGAAUUUAUUGCGAUUGGCACCAGGUGGGCAUGUAGGUCGAUUUGUAAUCUGGACUGAAUCAGCUUUCCGACGUUUAGAUGCUUUGUAUGGUACAUGGAAGAAAAAGUCUUUGAAAAAGAAAGAUUACAACCUUCCAAUGCAUAAGAUGACAAAUGUUGAUUUGGCUCGUCUUCUGAAAGGUCCUGAACUUCGAAAAGCCAUGAGACGUCCAAUUAAAAGGGUACGACGUUACAUCUUAAAGAAGAACCCAUUGAAGAACACUAGAGUUAUGUUGCGCUUGAAUCCCUAUGUAGCUGUCCUGAGGCGCAACAGAUAUCUGCAUGCUGAGCGAAAAAAGAAGCAAAAAGAAAUUCUUUUGAUGAAAAAGAGAGGUAUUGAAGUGCCUGAAAAAAAAGGUAAAAAGAAGCAUGUCAAGGAUGUUAAAGAGAAACCAGCCAAAGGAAAACCUCCCAAGGGCAAGGCUGGAAAAGUCACCAAAAAAGAAGUUAAAGCAAAGAAAUAAAUUAUCAAAUGGAAAAUUUGUAAAUGAUUGAUAAUAAAAGACUUAAUGGUGA